AUGUAUUCCAAAAUUUUGUCAGUAUUAGCCCUAGCAGCUGUGGUCCAAGGAGGUCUAUUGGACUACAGUCAUGGUCAUGCAACAUCAUAUGCCUCAUCAAAUCUUGUUGGAUCAGACCAUGGACACGGAUAUGCUGCCCCUGUUUUAAGCCAUGCCUAUACUGCUCCAGUAGUCGCUACCCACGGAUAUGCUGCUCCUUCAAUAGGUCAUGGACACUCUACACACGGUGCUGUAGAUUACUAUGCUCACCCCAAAUACGAAUUCAACUACGGAGUUCAAGAUGGCCACACUGGAGACCACAAAACCCAACAUGAAGUACGUGAUGGUGACGUAGUUAAAGGCUCCUACACCGUUGCUGAACCCGAUGGUACUCUGCGUACCGUUCACUACACCGCUGAUGACCACAACGGUUUUAACGCUGUUGUAGAAAAAUCUGGACACCCUGUACAUCCAGCUCCAGUCCACGGACACGGAAAAGUACUCUUAGCUGCCCCCGCUGUCCAACACGCACCAUUAUACCAUCAUUAG